UGCGCCGGGUCCAUGCGGUUCCGGGUCUAACUUUUGGUUUUCCAUUCCCAAAGAAACUGAGGCUCGGAGCCGGAGCGAGCACCCGAAACCCACAGGACACCUGGCCUCGGGUGAGGGUGUUCAAACUCAGAAGACAGGGUCUCGCUAUUGUGGCUGCGUUGGCGCCGGGACUCGAACCUCCUGAGCCCAACUCUGAGCCGUGAGGUCUUGUGGAGCUGAAAUGACUCACUCUUUGGUUUGUGCAGACACAGUGAGCAGGGUGAGUUCGGUGCUGAAUCGCAACACGCGGCAGUUUGGAAAGAAACACCUGUUUGACCAGGACGAGGAGACGUGCUGGAACUCGGACCAGGGCCCCUCCCAGUGGGUGAUACUGGAGUUUCCCCAGCGCAUCCGUGUAUCCCAGCUACAGAUCCAAUUCCAGGGGGGCUUUUCCAGUCGCCGAGGCUGCCUGGAAGGUUCUCAGGGAAGUGAGGCUCUCAGUAAGAUUGUGGACUUCUACCCCGAAGACAACAACUCAAUUCAAACGUUCCCUGUGCCAGCUGCUGAGGUGGACCAGCUAAAGGUAACUUUUGAGGACGCCACUGACUUUUUUGGCCGUGUGGUCAUCUACCACCUGCGAGUGCUAGGGGAGAAGAUUUGAGGCCACUGGGCA